AUCCCUUGUUCCUCUCACUUCAUUCAUUCACUCCUAACACACUUACCUUCUACUUCUACCUCUCACCCCAUACCCCUCUUUUCCAAACUCCCUCCUCUCUUUUUGUCCUACCCGUGUGGAAAAUAACACCAAACUAAAGCAAAAACAAUAAUGUCAACACCAACAUCAACGGCAGCGUUUGCUGGUGUAGAAACUCCUAAUGGAGACUCUUCUAACACCAAUCCUCAUCCCAAACACACCCCUCAAGAAUCGCGUGACCUCUCUCCUUUUUUGUCUUGUUCUUACCCCAUCACUCUUAAGUUCAUGGACGUGGCAUACCGAUUGAAGAUAGAGGACAAACAAAAAAGCGGAGGGAGCAUCAAGAGAUUUUUUACGCCGCACGAAUCAUCACCGUCAGAUCAAGGAUCAAGGGCGGGAGCACCGAAGGAGCGAACUAUAUUAAAAGGAGUAACGGGGAUAGCACAGCCAGGGGAGAUCUUAGCGGUGCUGGGCCCAUCAGGGAGCGGAAAAUCGACGCUCCUUCACGCGCUCGCAGGGAGGCUCCAUGGACCCGGCCUCACCGGAACAAUCCUCGCAAACUCCAGCAAACUCACCAAACCGGUUCUCCGGCGAACCGGUUUCGUCACACAGGACGAUAUUCUCUACCCUCACUUGACGGUUCGCGAGACGCUCGUGUUCUGCGCGAUGCUGAGGCUCCCGCGCGCGCUCCUGCGCUCGGAGAAGGUAGCGGCGGCGGAGGCGGCGAUCGCGGAGCUAGGGCUGGGGAAGUGCGAGAACACCAUAAUCGGAAACAGCUUCAUCCGCGGCGUCUCCGGCGGGGAGAGGAAGCGCGUGAGCAUCGCGCACGAGAUGCUGGUGAACCCUUCCCUCCUCAUACUGGACGAGCCUACCUCCGGCUUGGACUCCACGGCGGCGCACCGCCUCGUGCUGACGCUCGGUUCGCUGGCGAAGAAGGGAAAAACGGUAAUUACAUCGGUGCACCAGCCCUCGAGCCGCGUCUACCAGAUGUUCGACAAAGUUGUGGUUCUAACGGAGGGACAGUGUUUGUACUUUGGCAAAGGAAGCGACGCCAUGCGCUACUUUCAGUCGGUCGGGUUCGCGCCGUCUUUUCCGAUGAAUCCGGCUGAUUUUCUGCUCGAUCUCGCUAACGGUGUUUGCCAUGUCGAUGGUCAAAGUGAAAAAGAUAAACCAAACAUAAAGCAAAGCCUAAUCCAUUCAUACAACACAGUACUGGGUCCCAAGGUAAAAGCUGCCUGCAUGGACACUGCUAAUGUUCCUACAAAAAACACACACCCUUGGAGAAGCAACUCCUCAAAGGAAUUUAGACGUAGCAACAGGGUUGGCUUCUUAGAUUGGUUUUACCAAUUCAGCAUUCUGCUCCAGAGAAGCCUCAAAGAAAGAAAACACGAAUCCUUCAACACUCUGAGAGUCUGUCAAGUUAUUGCUGCAGCACUAUUAGCUGGCUUAAUGUGGUGGCACUCAGACUACAGGAACAUCCAAGAUAGGCUCGGCCUACUCUUCUUCAUUUCCAUCUUCUGGGGAGUCUUCCCGUCUUUCAACUCGGUUUUCGCAUUCCCUCAAGAACGCACCAUCUUCAUGAAAGAGCGAGCUUCGGGUAUGUACACACUGUCCUCCUAUUUCAUGGCUCGAAUUGUUGGAGACCUGCCCAUGGAGCUUAUUCUUCCCACAAUUUUCCUCAUUGUGACAUAUUGGAUGGGUGGAUUAAAGCCUGAUUUGUGGGCUUUUCUCUUGACUUUGUUGGUUGUGCUUGGAUAUGUGAUGGUGUCACAGGGUCUUGGCCUUGCUUUAGGUGCAGCAAUAAUGGAUGCCAAACAGGCUUCCACAGUGGCAGCAGUGACAAUGCUAGCAUUUGUGUUGACAGGUGGAUACUAUGUCCAUAAGGUGCCAUCUUGCAUGGCUUGGAUCAAAUAUAUAUCCACAACCUUCUACUGUUAUAGGCUGCUGACUAGAAUCCAGUAUGAGGAUGGCAAGAAGAUAUCAUAUCUAUUGGGUUGCUAUCAUGGUGAUAAGGGUGGCUGCAGGUUUGUUGAAGAGGAUGUGGUGGGGCAAAUUGGCACCCUAGGAUGCAUUGGGGUUUUGCUUUUCAUGUUUGUGUUCUACAGAUUAUUGGCCUACCUUGCCUUGAGACGCAUCAAGAGUUGAAACUUGAAAAUUGAAAUUCUGUGUUGCAGCAUGGUUCUUUUGGGAAAGCUUGAAUGCAGAGAAGAAUGGAUCAAUUUGUUGGCUCCUAGUGCAGUAGUCACACCACUUUUACACUAGGCUAGACUGGCUAGUUGAUUCGUACUAACUGUAAUUGAAGAAUGAAUGAGGAUUUUCUGUUGUAAUUGUAAAGUUAGAGAAUUAAUUAACAAGCAAAAUUGAAGUGAAGAGAGAAAAGAAGAGUAAUUGUAGAUUUGGAUUUCAAAUCGCUCUCCAAGUUCAUUCUGUAUUCAGAAUGUUAAAGAGAAGAAAUAAGGAAAUUUCUUCCCUAUGAAAUAUAUAACCAGGGUUUGUUUCCCGGAGUAUUUGUUCAUUCCUAGUAAUAUUAUUAAUUUAAACAUCACAUAUAAAUGUUA